AUGUCGGACGCACUGUCUCUCACGAAGGAUGCCAAGAAGCCGCACCGCACGUCCAAGUCCGGCGCCAAGGCCAACAAAAAGAAGGAGAAGGGGGGAAAGGUGGAGAGGCACAACCCUCGGGCGUUCUCCGUGUCGAAGAUCGGCAAGACCCGCAAGACACAGCAGAGGAACCUCGACCGUGCACAGCGGAAGGAGGUCGUCCCGCAGGUUGACCGCGCGGAAGAAGUCCCGCCGCCCGUGAUGGUCGUCGUCAUGGGACCCCGAGGAUCCGGCAAGACUACCCUCAUUCGGUCUCUGAUUAAGCUUUACACGGGGCAUAACCUGAAGGAGUCGACGGGUCCGAUCACGGUGGUGAGCGGCAAGAACAGGAGGAUAACCUUCCAGGAGUGCCCCGACGACCUCUGCGGCAUGGUGGACCUCGCCAAGGUGGCGGACCUCGUUCUCCUCGUCGUGGAUGGCAGCUUCGGGUUCGAGAUGGAGACGUUCGAGUUCCUCAACAUACUGCAAGUGCACGGGUUUCCCAAGGUGAUGUGCGUCCUCACCCACCUGGACCGCUUCGACAACGUCAAGGCUCUCCGGGCCACCAAGAAAAAACUCAAGACGAGGUUCUGGACCGAGGUGUACAACGGGGCAAAGGUGUUCGGAAUGGGCGGCGAGAUAAACGGAAAGUACCCCAAGACAGAGGUGCGGAACAUCGCGCUGUACCUGUCUCGCACCAAGUUCCGACCCUUGCGCUGGCGCAACACACACCCUUACGUGGUCGUCGACCGCUACGAGGACAUCACUUACCCUCAGAAGGUUUUGGAGGAUCCGACUUGCGAUCGAGAAGUCGCCGUGUUUGGCUACGUGAGGGGCACACACCUCAAGGCCGGGCAGCGCGUGCACGUGAUUGGCGCGGGCGACUUCGGCAUGGCGGAGGUGUCCGCCCUCCAGGACCCCUGCCCCCUCCCUACCAAGGAGAAGGUGGCGAACCGGAGCCUGAACAAGAAGGAGAGCCAGCUGUACGCGCCGCUGGCAAACAUCGGCUCCGUCGUGAUCGACCAAGACGCCAUGUACAUCGACAUCGGGAGGGCCAACUACACGCGCAAGGAGAACCUCCUGCUGGAGGACGGGGCGGCGGAGGCGGCGGGAGGGGGGGGUGGCAGCGGCAGCGAGGAGGAGGAAGAGGAUGAUGGCGACGAUGAAUAUGAGGAGGGGGGGGGAGGAGACUUCGACGCGAAAGACUCUUCGAGACUGCUGCGCGAGCUACAGGACGUGAGGUCGGCCGUUGACGAAAAGAUGGGGGCGAGCGAGCUCAAGCUGUUCGGCGGGAGGAAGGGCGGGCGGAAGGGCGUCUCCGGGGAGGAGGCUAGCAUGGCAGCGGCUAGAGCUGCUGCUGCCGCCGCGGCGGAGGAGGAGGAGGCUGACGACGGUGGUGAUGGCUCGGAGGAAGAGAGCUCCGAAGACGAGGAUGAGGGGGAAGAAAGCUCUGGGGAGGAAGAAAGCUCUGAGGAAAGUUCUGAGGAGGGUUCCGACGGAAGUUCUGACGGCGGCGCCAUGUCUGUCGACGAAGACGAGGGCAACGGCGUCAAGAAGCGGAAGAAUAUCAAGAUGCCGAGGGAGGAGAGGGUGGCUGCGUCCCCCGGAGGGUCGGGGGGCGGCAGGACUCGUCGAAGGGCGCUAUUCGACGACGAUGACGUCACAGGGCGCGGAGAGGACGGCCGCGACGAAGAAGACGACUCCGACGGCUCCAUGUCUGAGGACGAUGACGAUGUAGACGAGAACGGUGGCGUGAGCCAGGCGUGGAAGAGCGGCAUGGCGACGAGAGCGGCGGAGAGGUUCUUGCAGAGGAAGUCCCAGAACGUGAACCUCCAAGACCUGGUGUACGGCAGGCCGGGGAGAGGCGGCCAGGACAACGCGGCCAAGGAAGGGGAGGACUCGGCAUCCGAGGAAGAAGGCGGAGAUCAGGAGCAAGACGAUGACUUCUUCACCAUACGCGGCGGUGGGAACAAGGGUAGCAAGAGGCGAGGCCAUUCUUCCUCCGGUGGGGGCGACGCCGAAUCGGAGGAUGACGACGACGACGAGGACGGGGGGGGUGGCGUCGGGGGCGGGGACCGGUCCAAGUUUUACCCGGACCGGGAGGCGUUGGACGACUGGGAGGGGACCGGGGACGACUGCGCGAUCGAAGCUAUACGAAACAAAUUCGUCACCGGUGACUGGGGGUCCGGGGCCGGAGCGAACGGUGCCGGAGGCGGCGGGGCAGGCGACGGAGACGAUGGCGACGGCGACGACGACGACUCCGAGGUCUACGGAGAUUUCGAGGAUCUGCAGACCGGGGACAAGUUCGGACCCGGUGCUGAAGACAGCGAUGACAGCGAUGACGAUGACGACGGAGACGAGGAGAAUGGUAUGGAGACCGAGCGUGAGAAGAACGCUCGACUGAAAGCCGAAGCAAUGGCCUCCAAGGACGAGGGUGAGGAGGGCGACGAGGACGAAGAGGGAGGAGGAGGGGGAGGAGAGAAGAAGAAGAGGCUGGACGCCAACGGGGAGGAAAUCGAAGACGACGACGAGUUCCUGAGAGAAGCCACCAAGCGCAGGGAGGAUCAACAGACCCGAAACCGCAAAGAGUUCGAGGACAUGGGGGACGCGGCGCAACUCCGAAUCAGGGGUUUUCCACAGGGGCGUUACGUGCGGAUCCGGUUCAAAGCCCUACCCGCAGAGUUCGUCACCAACUUCAGGCCGGAGAACCCCGUGAUCGUCGGGGGCCUGAUGGCGGCGGAGGAGGGCCUGGCCAUGGUGCGGACGCGGGCGAAGCGGCACCGGUGGCACGGCAAGACCCUCAAGAGCAACGACCCCCUGGUCGUGUCGGCCGGGUGGAGGAGGUUCCAGACGCAGCCGGUCUUCGCCACCGAGGACCCCAACGAGCGACAACGGUACCUCAAGUACACUCCCGAGCACAUGCACUGCUUCUGUUACUUUUACGGACCGAUCAUCCCGCAAAACACGGGCAUCAUGGCCUUCCAGAGCAUGGGGAACACCGCAACAGGGUUCCGAGUAGCCCUGACUGGCACCGCCCUCGAGCUUGACGCCAAGUUUGAGGUGGUGAAGAAGCUCAAGCUCGUGGGGUACCCGGACAAGAUCUUCAAGAAGACGGCCUUCAUCAAGGGCAUGUUCAACUCGGACCUGGAGUGUUGGUCCGGGUCUACUUCAUUGCGAUUGGGAGGCUCGUCUUGUAGCGUCAUCCUCACGCCGUGCUACGUCGGCUAG